AUGGCUGCCGCAGGAAGCCGAGGCAAGCCAUCUUUCUCCAUCUGGUGGCCCGGUGCAACCUCUCCCGUCAUUUGGCAGCUGGAGGAUGAUCCGGAUAUCAGAAGCCUUCCCGACGUUUGGUCCGGUGCGGAGCUGCGCGAGCAACUCGCUGCCGAGUUGCAGGACGCCUACGAAGAAGCCGUCAUUGACCCGGAGUCGGUGCGCGAGAUCCGCUGGCGCACCGCGACGGGGGAAGAUGUGAUGGUCGAGGAGCUCCACUUCUCGCGAGUGCACGUUCAUCUGCAGUUCCAGUCGGCGGAGGACCUGCUGCAGCAAUGCAAGGCGAUGCACCCUGUGCUCAUUCCGGUGCUCGAUGCCUUGACUGGGCUGGACGGGCUGUGGACAGUCGACGGAGGACUGCGCACUGCCGCGGAGCUCCGGGGAAUCCUGGCCUUGCUCAUGCGCGCUAUGGAGCGGCAUCGGCAUGCGGUGACCCGGGAUUCUGUGCCUCUCACCUGGUGCAUGUUGGGG